AUGGCUUAUCUCAACACCUGGUGGUAUCGUUUCCUCGAGGACCAUGUGUACGCUUUGCCCGAACCGCCUCCUCGAGUCAGAACGAAACCGUUGGAGGUGAUAUGUGUCGGCCUUCCUCGUUCAGCCACUGAAUCUUUACAACAUGCCCUCCUGACACUCGGCUAUGAUCACACUUACCAUGGUUGGGACAUAAUCUGUGAAAAGCCAAACUAUGCGCCGCAAUGGAUCAAGUUUUGCCGCAAAAAAUGGUUUGGACCCCUCGAUGGGAAUACAAAGUUCACUCAAGAGGACUUUGAUGCUGUUAUGGGCCACUCAACAGCCGUGACCGAUGCAGCAGGCUCGGUCUUUGCCGCCGAGCUCAUCGAAGCAUACCCCGAUGCAAAGGUCGUGCUGAAUUACCGCAAAGAUUUGGACGCGUGGUACCGUAGUGUAAGUAACACGCUCGCCAACGUGAAACAUAACUGGGUCCUUUGGAUUCUUUCUUUCCUGAGCCGUCAUGGUUUCUGGGCUUGGCACGUGUACCUCGACUUUAUGUGGUCAGGCAUAUUUCGCGGACUGGACAAUGACAUCGAGACGGGUGUUGCAAGGAAUGGGAAAUGGAUUUACAAAGGUCACGACAAGAACAUUGCAACACGAUUCGUGGACUUGUCCCCAAGGAAAGGUUGCUGGAGUGGACUGUCGAGGAUGCUCUGUGAGUUCCUUGGUAAACCGGUCCCUGACGAACCCUUUCCUCACACCAAUGCGGCUGCUGGAUGGGAUAAUCAUGAAGAUACGAUUGCCAAGAUGUACAUGAUGGAGGCACUACAGACCAUUCUUGCUCUGUCAGUAAUCUUAGUUGGAACUGGUGCUCUGAUCUACAAGUUGAUCCUUUAG